CUUGCUGGUUAGGUGGAGAAGUCCAUUCUAGAUGAAGCCGGGGGUAGACCCACACCAGCCAAACGGGAUUAGACUGAGAUUGGAGAUAUAGUUUGCUGUUUUAUAAAAUAGCUGCGUAGGUUGAACCCUGUGAACGAUGCUGUCCAGACUGAGGGUGGCGGUCCGGCCGUGUGCCUGUGUGUCCCGCACUUUACACACCAAAGAGAAGGGCAAGCCGCUUAUGCUGAAUCCAAGAACAAACAAGGGGAUGGCAUUCACUUUGAAAGAAAGACAGCUCCUGGGCCUGCAGGGACUACUGCCUCCCAAAAUAGAGACCCAGGAAAUUCAAGCCAUGCGCUUUAAAAGAAACCUGGAGAAAAUGGCUGAUCCCUUGCAGAAGUACAUCUACAUCAUGGGAAUCCAGGAGAGAAACGAGAAAUUGUUUUAUAGAGUACUAGAGGAGGAAAUUGAGAAUCUCAUGCCAAUUGUCUACACUCCCACCGUGGGCCUGGCAUGCACACAGUACGGGCAUAUCUUCAGGAGACCAAAGGGGUUAUUUAUUUCCAUCUUCGACAGAGGACAUAUAAGGUCCAUUCUGAAAAAUUGGCCAGAAACCGAUGUAAAGGCAGUGGUGGUGACUGAUGGAGAGAGAAUCCUGGGGCUGGGAGACCUUGGCGUAUAUGGGAUGGGGAUUCCUGUGGGAAAAUUGUGCCUUUACACAGCUUGUGCUGGAAUCAGACCCGAGAAGUGCCUUCCUGUCUGCAUUGAUGUUGGAACGGACAAUCCAUCGUUACUGAAGGAUCCCUUUUAUAUGGGUCUUUACCAAAAGCGAGACCGUUCCCAGCUCUAUGAUGAACUUAUUGAUGAGUUCAUGGAAGCAGUUGCAGAAAUAUAUGGUCAGAACACCCUGAUUCAAUUUGAAGAUUUUGGGAACCACAAUGCGUUCAGGUUCCUGAGAAAGUACAGGGAAAAAUACUGUACCUUUAACGAUGAUAUUCAGGGCACUGCAGCGGUGGCACUGGCGGGGCUGCUGGGUGCACAGGAAAUAACCGGUAAACCAAUCGCAGAGCAGAGGGUUCUGUUCCUGGGAGCAGGAGAGGCAGCGCUUGGAAUAGCAGGUUUAAUUGUCAUGGCAAUGAUAGACUGUGGUGUAUCUCAAUCUGAAGCCAGGAAGAAAAUCUGGAUGUUCGACAAGCACGGUUUGCUGGUGCAGGGCCGAUCGGAGGGUAAUGACAUGAACCAGGAACAAUUUGCUCACCAACCCCCUGCAGAAACAGUGAACAGUUUUCUAGAUGCCGUUAAUGUGCUCAAACCUACUGCAAUUAUUGGAGUGUCUGGUGCAGGUAGGCUUUUCACCAGUGAAGUCCUCCAGGCUAUGGGCACCAUUAAUGAGCGCCCCAUUAUAUUCGCACUGAGCAAUCCCACAGCAAAGGCUGAGUGCACGGCUGAGGAAGCAUACACGCUGACACAGGGGCGUUGCUUGUUUGCCAGCGGCAGCCCUUUUGAGCCAGUGACAUUGAGUGAUGGCCGUGUUUUUAAACCAGGUCAAGGGAACAAUGCCUACAUAUUUCCAGGCGUGGCUCUUGCUGUGAUCCUUAGCGGAGUGCGUCACAUCAGUGAUCAGGUGUUUCUGGAGGCUGCAAAGGCACUAGCUGAACAGCUGACUGAGGAGGAAAUGAGUCAGGGCAGACUCUACCCACCACUUUCUAACAUCAGGGAGGUUUCCAUACGCAUUGCAGUAAAGGUCGUUGAAUAUGUGUAUGCCCAUGGCGUCGCCUUCCACUAUCCAGAGCCGCUGCAUAAAGAGCAAUUCAUCAGAUCGAAGAUUUGGAACAUAGAGUAUGAUUCCUUUUUGCCUGACCUUUAUGAUUGGCCAGAAGCUGCAGCAAAACCUCCCAAACUCAAGUGAAGUUACUGUCCCCAAAGGAGGAGACCAUGAGCUAAGAUGUUCGAGUGACACAAUGCCCAUAAUGUGAAAUGUGUAAACUGUUGUACUAUUCAGAAGUAGGUGUUUCUUGAUAUUCUGAUGUAGAACUAAGUAUUUAAUCUUUUAGGUGCCAACAGUUUCACUUCCUCCUCCUAAUCAGCUGGUGUUUUGGAAUGUGUCACAUUAUGGGGACCCAAAGGUGACUCCGCUGACAAAGUUUGGGUAUUUACUCUGAAGAAGUACUGUCACACGGAAUUAUAUCUUGGUUAUUUCUUAAUUGUUUAUUUACUGUCAAAUUGCUCUGGCCAUUUCAAAUUAUAUUACUGUAUUUCUGUUUCUGUAUACUAAAUCAAAUGUUUAAUCAAUGUAAUAUAAAAUGUAUUUUACAAGUGUACUUAAUUUAUUGGGAUUUAGGUGACUGUAUCACAAACAGAACCCCUAGCGCCCGUUUUGUCCCAUACAUGAUCAUACAGCAUGAGGACGGAGGAAAUAUUGUGCAAUAUCCAAAGUACACAUAGUUCUGCAAACUAUUCUUGGUUUGAAAACUACUGUAAAUACAGUUGCAAGUACAACACAGAAACACCAGAAAAAAUAAACAAUGUUUUAAACCACAAACUCAAUAUGUGGGAUAAACUGAAUACACAACAUUCAACUCUUCAGCAUGUUAUUUACUAAGACCUUUGUCAGAUAAUGUGUUAUUAAUGUGUUAUUCCUACUCUUGUUAUAUGUAAGACUUUAACACUGACGAUACAGAGUGUAGGCUGGGGCAGUUAGGGCUGAUUCUAUGUGAAAAGUUGGCACUUACAGAAGGAUUACCCUAGUAUAACUACUUUUAAAUGGUUUUAGUGUUACACUGAAAAACAAAUACAAAUUGACUCAGAUGUGCAUAUUAGUACACAGAAGAAUAAACCGUGUAUAAAAAUAUUCUGGAGCAUUAUUUAACACUAGAGCUCUCAACACUUGCAGAAAUAUUUGUUUACUGGCUGGCUGAUUUGAAUAGAGAUCUAUUUCCUAACCCUGUACACAGGUCUGCAGUGUUUAAAGGGUUAAGCUAUUGCAAAGAGUAUACAACUAGCCUUUAAAUAUUAUCACCUCUAAUUCCUUCAGGGUAAUUGGAGUGGAAAACAGUGAUUGUUCCUUGUGAAAUAUCUUUUCUUGGAUACAGGAGCAAUGCCAAAAAAGUGCCUUAUUGUCAGAUCUUAACAGGGUUUUCAGUUCUGCCGUCUUGCCCAUUAUAAACCUGACAUGUAAUACUGUUCUUGUCAGGCACUAUGUCUGCAUAAUAAUUUGAUCUAUCUCUGUAAUUUGAAAAACCUCCUGUUAUGCAGAUAUCCUGGGGAAACACUUCACAAAUCAUACAAAACAGCUGUGAAGCCGUAAUUAAACACCUUGGGUGUCAGCUUGAAAGUGAGAAAUGUUUCUUAACUUGCAUUGAUAACUUUUUUUAAAAUUAUUUUUUCUUACUGUU